GUUCUCUGCGCGCUCUCUAGUGGGGAACAUUUCUCUCAUACUAGUUUUAACUCAUUACUGUAUAUCAGUUAUUAGUCCUCUAUAUUGAUUUAAAGUCACGCGUUUAAACUAUUCUAUAUAUCUAAAAUCCACACAACAGUGAUGUUGAUGGUGCAUCCGUGUCCAGUCGCACUCUUUUGCUGGAGCGUGAUUGGUCCAGAUUCACGAGCUUUUGUUCGCGUGCUGCACCUCUUGCGCUCCUGCUGUCAUGCACACCUGCGGAACACUCGCGCGCACCGCUAGUAUGCCAGUCUGUGUUUCACACUCAGGAGAAAAGAGAACAACUUGACCAGUUAGACUGGAUAUAAAGAUAAGCUAACUCCCAGAAAAGCUUCCUCUGGAUGUGAUUUCAGACAUUUGAAGGUGUACCAAACUGAAAGACAUCAUGAAGUCGGAUGAAGACGGGAAAGACAUGAGGGGAGUGACUGUUAACCGCUUUGCUGAAGAGGCUCCCUCCUCAGGGAUGGCUAAGAAUGGAUACUUCUAUCAAGAGAUGGAACAGAGGGAGAGAGAAGAACAUGAGGAGGGGAGCGAGGAGCGAGAGGAGGGCCAGGACUCUCCCAUCCCAUCAGGAGAUGACAUUCAUCUCUACGGCAACCAGACACACCAAGGAGGGACAGAAUCUGAUGUCCACGGCUGUGUGCUGCUUAACACGUCUCGAAGGUAUGUGAAGCUGAUGAACUUCGAGGAGGAAGUGCGAGCUCACAGGGAUCUGGAUGGGUUUCUGGAGAGGGCAAGUAUUCUGCUGCACGAGGACGAGGCCUCUCUAGACGACGUGUUAAAGACGAUGCUCCUCCACGUCUCGCAGGACCCUCACACCGCUGAGCCCAGCUGCAACUUCGAGGAGAUCAUGAGCUCCCUCUUCACAGACGCAGGGUCACAGGAAGUCAAUGUGCAUCUAUUGUCAGAGACGCUGCAGUGUGUGACGGCCACAGCCACAGGGAUCCAGUACCAGCAGUCUUGGCUUUGUAUCCUCUGUAAUGUGAAGAACCUGCAGAGGCGGCACGUGUGUAUAUCACGCCUGGAUCGUCCACAGAACUGGGGGGAAAACUGUGCAGAAGUCCGCUAUGUUAUCCUUAUUCUGGCACCUUCAAAGAUGAAAAGCACUAAGACGGCGAUGGAGCUGGGCAGGACGUUCGCCAGCAUGUUCUCAGACAUCUCCUUCAGACAGAAGCUGCUAGAGAGUAAAACCCAAGAGGAGUUCAAAGAGGCACUGCUCAUCCAGAGGUACCACCUGACCGCUGCCAAGCGUAAAACCACGGCUGUGGAGGGCGAAGAGACAGACCCACACAGUCAAAAACCACUGAAGUGUAGAGAUUUUUUCAGAGUGGGCAGAGGAAUCUAUGAGGAUCUGUGUCGCCGACUGCCUCUCUACCCGUCUGACUUCACUGAUGGCUUAGUGGGUAAUAACAAAGCCCUGGUCAAGUUCAUGACGACGUCCAUCUUCCUCUACAUCGCUGUGCUGCUUCCCGCCAUUGCUUUUGGCUCACUCAAUGACGAGAGCACUCGGGGCGAGAUUGAUGUUCAGAAGACAAUCAUCGGGCAGAGUAUAGGUGGAAUCAUCUACUCAUUGUGUGCUGGCUCUCCUCUCGUCAUUCCACUGACCACGGCGCCCAUCGCUAUUUUCAUCAGCGUGAUUAGGGGGAUCUGUGAUGAUUAUGAGCUGGACUUUGCAGCAUUUUAUGCAUGUAUCGGCCUAUGGAACAGCCUCUUCCUCAUCAUGGGAGGAGUCUUCAACCUUAGCCUGCUUGUUAAGCUUUUCAAGAGGUCGAUAGAGGAGGUGAUAGCUUUGUUCAUUUCCAUUGCUUUUGUAGCAGAUGCAGUUAAGGGCACCGUCAAGAUCUUUCAUGAGUUCUACCAUGCUCCCACUUUGGCCAAUGGGAGUGCGGCGGAGCUGAAUCGCAUCAGUGGAAGUUUACAUUUAGGGGAACCGAACAUGACAGAGACGGGGCCCGUGACUCUCCCAGAAUCCUUCAUCCUGUGCACGCGGGCACGGCCUCUUCUCUUUCUACUCCUCAUGCUGGGCACACUGUGGGUGGGAUACACACUCUACCAGUUCAGGAGGAGUCCGUUUCUGCAUGUGAAGAUGAGAGAGAUUCUGUCCGACUGUGCUCUGCCUAUCUCAGUGCUUGUCUUCUCAUAUGUGGGAUCAUACGUCUUCAACGACAUUGCCUUGCCGGUGUUUAACUUCCAUGAAGGUCCGGUGUUUCAGAUAGCCCCACUGGAUAAGCUGAGCGGAGCGAGUGUUCUGAGCGCAAUGGGUCUGGGCUUCCUCCUGUUUCUCCUCAUCUUCAUCGACCAGAACAUCGUUGUUUCUCUCACAAAUGCACCUGAAAACAGGUUACUGAAGGGCACGGCGUAUCACUGGGACCUGACUCUGUCUGGCUUGAUUAAUAUUUUGAUGUCUGUGCUGGGCUUGCCGUGGAUGCAUGCUGCGUUCCCGCACUCCACUCUGCACGUCAGACAGCUAGCCAUCGUGGAGGAAAGGGUGGAGGGAGGACACCUCUACGAGACUAUAGUGAGUGUGAAGGAGACGCGGGUGACCUCGCUUGUGGCUAACAUCCUGAUAGGUGUAAGCUUGUUUCUGCUGCCGGUGCCCCUGCAGUGGAUUCCUAAGCCUGUGCUCUAUGGGCUCUUCCUCUACAUCGCUCUCACAUCUAUUGAUGGCAAUCAAAUGUGCGACCGCAUGGCUCUGCUACUCAAAGAACAAACGUCCUACCCUCCGGCUCAUUACAUCCGCAAGGUGCCGCAGAGGAAGAUCCAUUACUUCACUUUCCUUCAGAUGGUGCAGCUGCUUUUUCUGUGUGCGUUUGGGAUGUACCCUCUCCCGUAUAUGAAGAUGAUCUUUCCUCUGCUCAUGUUUAUCCUCAUACCCAUCAGGAACUAUCUACUGCCCAGGAUCAUCGAUGCUAAGUACCUGGACAUUAUGGAUGCACAGCGCAUGUAAACGCAUGCACACUGAGCCUCUGAGCAAAGGACUCUGGGAAUUGUAUUUCUGAAAUGCAAAACUCUGGGAGGAAAAACAAACUGAUUCUAGUGUUUAACAGCAGACAUUCUGGUGAAGCACUGAACGAGUAAGAGAGAGAUUAGAAAAGAAGGAUAUUUGAAGACAGAACCAGAGAGGGCGGAGGACGAGAUGCCUGUUCAAAACAGAGUAGAACGACAGACCGCUGUCUGACUGUUUGACUAUUGACCUUGGUCAGUCACUGCUUCUCUCAUGAUCUGAAUAGUACACCAAAGCCCCCCGCCCCCUCUCUCUCUAGUCUAUUCUGAUGUAUCCAUGCAUCACAGACACUUGAUUUAGGAGACGUAGGAAACCAUCACACAUAUUCUCGACAACUGUGCCAUGACUAAAUUACACAAGUGUUUACUCCAUCUCCGACCAUAGUGUUCUCAACACAAAUACAGCUGUCGAACAAGAGACUGAACUGAAUCUGUAGCAAUACCUCUUAAUGCUGAACUUUGACGCGCGCACACACAAACACCCAGAGCAAAACUUCUCAUACAUCAAGUAGAAAAGCUGUCAAUGGCAGAUUUUCCAGCGCAUUUUGGUACAUAUCAGUGCAAAUAAGUAAUAACGAAGUGAGCAUGGACCAAAAGAAUACACUCAACCUUAGGAAACGGCUCAUAGCAAUACAGCGGAUUAUUAGAGGCUAUCAAUAUUUUAGAGUUUUCUAAAGAGAGUUUUCUUUCGAGGUAAUAGACUUCUAGUUUGGAGACCCACUGAUGUGUAGAGAAUGUAUCCUAAGCGCUGGGGUUUCAGGGAAAUGGAGAAAAACAAGCAGCAUUUCUGCGGACCUUACUCACUGCUGAAUGGACUCUGACAUUUAAGCUUUGCACAUCACAGGACACCACAUCUGUGUACUUCCCCCAGUCUCACACACACACACACACACACACACACACACACACACAGAGGCAUGAUUAUAAACAAUGCCAAAAAGAAAGGCACUUAAACGCACACUUUCUUGUCUAUCCAUCUCACCGUAUAUUUAAAACAGUGAAGGCAUGCCUUUUACUAUUUUUUUUUUACUAUUAUGUAAUUUGUUGUGUUAUUAUUAAAAGCAACUAGAAUAAAUAGUCAAAUGAAGGUAUAGUACCUUUAUAUCCCUACUUUUUAAUCGUUUAUAGUUGUUCGUGAUCUUUCCGAAUAAAAGAAGUCGGAAGACGCCGAUAUCUCUGAUGAUUUUGAUCCAUCAAUCCAUGUUACAUUUCUCGAGAGAGAGAGUGAUGUUAUAAACGAAGGCGCACAAAUUGAGAAAGACAUGGUUUGACUAACUGUGGGCAAAAAAGUGAGCACCUGUGCACUUAAUUGUAGGCAAUAUGAGAUUAGAGAAAGCUGAGAAGCAGACUCGACUGAUUUUUUUCUUGGAUAGCUUUAAGCUUCAGAGAGAGAGAUUAGAUGUACUGUUGAAAAAGUUGGUUUUCUCUUGAACAUCUUGCACCAUUCGCAUAAUCAGCGUUCCUGUUUGUUUCUCUAUCUAUCUUCCCUGUAACGGUAUCAUAGUUAUUCUCCUUGAGUCCAGACCUCUGGUGUAAAAACAACCUCCCUUCAGUAAUCCUGUUCGUCAUUGAACAUCUCUCAGCAUUUACUGUAAUAUUGAAGUAUUCAGCUUUAAUUUGUGAUCGCUCACACUUGGGUGGGAUAUGUUGACGAGUUAUGUUCUGUGCUGUUUAAAUAUUGUUUUCAAUUUUUUUUUCCUAAUCAUGAAUGUAUACUGUGUAGAUUUUUAUAUAGCACAUAAAAAGAUCCAUUGUCUAAUUGAUUUUGUCAAACAGAUAAGCUAAAUUUGUAAACUGCAAUAUGUAAAAACUAUGGUAAAUAAGAGACAUGUUUAUUGGAAGGAUUGUGUGGGUUUAAUAUAGGGGUAUGCUAUACACUGAAAUCUAGAUCAUUUCAAGCUGAUUGCCAAAUAAAGAGAUAUAUUGAUACCCA